AUGGGUGAGACCAAACACAAUCCCUUGCACUUCUUCAUUCUUUUACGCACUCCCAGUCUGAUCUCUCGUGCUUUGAUCAUGCAGCCGGCGUCUCUCGCAGUGCUCUUCUUACUGCCCCUUGUGCGUGUGUCGUACGCUCAAUUCCCACGCGUGUGUGCGACCGCAGAGGCACUCCUGACUAAAACGUGCUGUCCCGCCUGGCCCGGUGAUGGCUCGAUGUGCGGUGUGAGCUCUGGCCGAGGCUUCUGCCAAGAUGUGUCGGUGUCCGAUCUACCAAACGGGCCUCAGUUCCCCCACAGCGACGUGGACGACCGUGAACGAUGGCCUCUCGUUUUCUACAACCGCACAUGCCAGUGCGCGGGCAACUUCAGGGGCUACAACUGCGGCGAGUGCAAGUUCGGGUACUACGGUGCCAACUGCGCAGAGAGGCGUGAGAGCGUGCGCCGGAACAUCUUCCAGCUGUCGGUGGCCGAGCAGCAGCGCUUCAUCUCGUACAUCAACCUGGCCAAGAACACCAUCAGCUCUGAAUAUGUCAUCGUGACAGGCACGAGGGCACAGAUGGACAACAGCACGAAUCCGAUGUUCGCAAACAUCAGCGUGUACGACUUGUUCGUCUGGAUGCACUACUACGUGUCACGCGACACACUCCUCGGCGGCCCCGGGAACGUGUGGUCGGACGUGGACUUUGCGCACGAGGCCGCUGGAUUCCUGCCGUGGCACCGCAUGUUUCUGCUCCUCUGGGAGCACGAGAUCCGUAAACUUACCGGCGACUUCAAUUUCACCAUCCCGUACUGGGACUGGCGGGACGCGCCCGACUGCCAGGUGUGCACGGACCGGCUGAUGGGUGCGCGCAGCCCGCUCGACCCCAGCCUCAUCAGCCCCGCCUCGGUCUUCUCCUCGUGGAAGGUGAUCUGCACCCAUCCGGAGGUGUACAACGAACGUGAGGUGCUGUGUGAUGGCUCGCCCGAGGGUCCGCUGAUUCGUAAUCCUGGCAACCAUGACUUGAACCGUGUCAACCGGCUGCCUAGCACCGCAGAUGUGGAGUUCGUGGUCUCGCUCACACAGUACGAGAGCGACACGCUCGACAGGCGUGCCAACAUGAGCUUUAGAAAUGUUCUGGAAGGUUUUGCGAGUCCAGAGACGGGUAUGGCAGUGUCAGGCAAGAGCACGAUGCACAACUCACUCCACAUCUUCAUGAACGGCUCGAUGUCAUCGGUGCCGGCGUCCGCCAACGACCCCGUGUUCCUUCUGCACCAUGCGUUUAUAGACAGCAUCUUUGAGCGAUGGCUACGUCUUCACCGGCCCCCGCGCUCCAUUUACCCAGAAUCCAACGCUCCGAUUGGCCACAAUGGAGGCUACUACAUGGUUCCCUUCAUCCCUCUGUACAAAAACAUGGACUACUUCAUCUCCACCAAAGAGCUGGGAUACGAAUACUCCUACUUACUGGAUCCAACUCAGCGGCUCCUGCAGGAGUUCAUCGCUCCGUACUGGGAGCACAUACAGCAGAUUUGGCCCUGGCUGCUCGGGGCCGCGGUGCUCGGAGCCCUGGUUGCCGCGCUCGUCGGCACGAUUAUCAGAAAGGUUGUCAUGGCGACGCGUCGCCGAGGGAACAGGAAGCACGGAUACGGAGAGAAACAACCGCUGCUGAACAGCAGCGAGGAGGAGGAGGACACCGCCUCAUAUCAGACCACACUCUGAACACACACACGCAUCAGGGUACACUUCGUAAACUUGUACUGUAUGAACAUAUGAGCAUUAAAGCAAACACAUACAUUCAAAAGUGAAUACACACAACAUUACUAGGUGCAAAGGCUUACACACAUACACACUGGGACAACUCAACACACACACAAAGAAACCUGAAUACACACAUCACAUAUAUAUAUUAAAAAAAAAAGAUUACUAAAUGCAGAUCCACACACAAGCUCUAACACACA